CAGGUGUGAACCCCCUUUCAUACAACCAUCUUACCACUCUCCUACUGAGGGAUCCCCAGCAGAUACCUUCUCUUGCCUUUGGAUCGCACCUUUACCAUCAGGGGAUGGAUGAACCCAAUUAUACCCCAAAUGGCUACCAUAAUCACGACUAUGAGGUUGUUAGCUGCUUACUUUGAAGACACAGCAUCUCCCCACGUGUGGCUCCCUGUUGUAGUAGGGUGGCACGCGUGAGGACCUGGAGAAGGGGGUUCCACAUUCUCCUAUGACCAGGACAUCAAAAACCCAAUAUUACAAAGGUACAAACUGGAACCACCCGGCAUCAAGAAUCCCCAAGAGAAGCGAUGAAUGUAUUUCUUUUUUAAAGACCGGCAUGAAAACUAAAGAAGGGGUGGUACUUUUUACACCCUAAAUAGCCCACACCCUGCUAAUUUGGGGUCAGACAGAUGAAUCGCCGUUGAAUUUUAAUAGAAUUUUCUUUUUCACCCCUCUAUAUUUAACAUCUGUUGCUGCUAAACACUGAGAAUAGACACCUUUUUGGACAGAUUUCAAACACACCUCCCUUGCUUUUAAAUUCACAGAAUUCUCAUUGUAGAUUAUAUCUGGAAUUUACAUUUUUGGCAAAUUUCCUCUGAGACUUAACUCUUGCUUUCCUGAACAGAAAAUAUGCCACAAAAAUGAGAAUAUCUCUGUUUUAGGAAGCUCAUCAAAUCCUUCAAUGCUGAGCAGCAGCAUCGUAUUGCAAAUUACAGUUUACUGACAAUAUUUUAUAUUGAUUUAUUGAACAGAUAUUUAUCAAUCUGGUGCCUGCUUAUGAAGACUAUUAUUUUAAUGCAAAUCCAUUUGCAAUAUUUAUUACAUUCAAUCAGACAUUUAGAUUUUUUGCUUCAAAUUGUAAUUGAUAUUUGAGGUUUUUUUUUCCAAUAUAUGGAUGAAUUUAGCUGCAAUUAGUUUUGCAAUUUAAAGAGAAAUGAAAUUAUUAGACAUUUGGAAAAAGUAUGGCAUGUUGAUACAAAUUAUAUCUUUCCAAAUAAUUACUCUUUGAUGAAUUAGCAAAAGGUGUCUAUUCAACUAUUAAAUAUAUUGUGGAAAUAUUCCAUACCCCUUGCCCAACAAAUAUUUUUUUAUUAAUAUAAAGUGGAUUUUCAAAACCAUUACAUAGAAUAAUAUUUGCAGUUUCCGCCAGAGAGUUCAUUUUAUUUGACUGCACUUUUUAUUCUUAGGCUAUUCCAUUUUUGAUCUAUAUUUUGAUCCAAAUGAGGAUUUAAUGUUUUGACCCUUUUUAAAUCUUGAAUGAAAAGAGAAGGCUGUUUUUUGGACCCGUAGUAAUGGAGAAGUUGGAAGCUGAGUCGGAUGUGGAGCCACAGGGUCGCCCCCGUUCCUGCACCUGGCCUCCUCUCCCUGACCCUUCCUCGGAUAUGCCUUUGCCACCUCAUGGUCUGGACCCCAGUCAGAUGAGGAAAGCAAAAAGUUCACGCAGGAAUGCCUGGGGUAACUUAUCUUAUGCUGACCUCAUAACCAAGGCCAUAGAGAGUUCUCCGGAGAGGCGCCUUACCCUGUCCCAAAUUUAUGACUGGAUGGUCCGAUUUGUCCCGUACUUCAAAGAUAAGGGUGACAGCAACAGCUCUGCAGGUUGGAAGAACUCAAUCAGGCAUAACCUUUCCCUACACACGCGUUUUAUCCGAGUCCAAAAUGAAGGAACAGGGAAGAGUUCCUGGUGGAUGCUGAACCCGGAAGGAGGAAAGACGGGGAAGACUCCACGGAGGAGAGCAGCUUCUAUGGACAGUUCUAGCGGGAAGUUCCUUCGAAUUAAAGGCAAGACUGGUAAAAAGAAACAGCAGCAAAUGCAGUCUGCUCCUGAACGCACGGGUGAGGGUAGUCCCUCUUCCCAACAUGCCAAGUGGUCUGAAAGCCCAUCUUCCCAUACCAGUGAUGACUUUGAGGUAUGGGCUGAGUUCCAUAGUAGGGCUAACCCUGCAACAGGAGCCAUAACUGGAAGACUCUCACCUAUCAUGGCUAAUAAUGAGCCAGAUGACUUGGAGGAUGAUGAGGUUACACCAUCAUCACCUCUUAUGUAUCCAAGUCCAUCCAGCGCCUUGUCACCUAGUGCCCGCUGCUCAGUAGAAAUUCCGCGUCUUGCAGAGCUUACUGGUAGUAUCGGUAUGGGUGAAGGCCUCUCAGACAACUUACUUGAUGAACUGCAGGAUGGGUAUAGUGUGUCAUCAGCAACAACCCUUCGCCAGCGCAAUCCUGGCUUUUCUUUCUCUUCAAAAUGUCCAACUCUGAGCUCCACAUCUGGUGCAUAUUGUGGCUCUAUAUACAGCCAACCAGCUAUGGGUAUGAUGAGGAGAUUGCCCAUGCAGACAAUCCAGGAGAACAAGCAAGCUGCAUUCUCGCAAAGCAGCACCUACAGGAAUUCCUCUCUCCAGGAUAUCCUCAGUGCUAUGUCCUAUGGUCAUAAAGACAGCCUGGGACAUGGCGACCCUGGGUUAUCGACUGUUGUGGGACUACAGCGUAGCCACAGACAGAACACUAGCAUGUUAGGGAGCUGUGACUCUGGUACUGUACCCUACUCUGGUAACUUAAUGAAAAGCCACAAUUUGUAUCACCCAUCCAAUUUCAACCACCACUGCUCUGUUAAUAACAGUGCCUUAGUUAAUUCAAAUGGAUUGGUGAACUCCUCUGAAUCCUGUGGCUUGGCAUCUGCCCCCCAUCCUGCCUAUUACAACAGCCAAGGAGGACAUGGCAACCUUCUAGAAGGACCCUAUCAAAGCAUGUACCACCACCACCCCCAAAUGUACAACCAGGACAGAUUCCCCACAGACUUAGACUUAGACAUGUUCAGUGGGACCUUGGAGUGUGAUGUGGAGUCCAUCAUUCUCAACGACUUCAUGGACAACGAUGAGAUGGACUUCAAUUUUGAUUCAGCACUGCCACCUCAGGGCGGAUUUAACAUGGCUGCUAGCGCACAGCAAGCAAAUCACAGCUGGGUACAGGGAUAAAUGAGGACCAAGGACUGUCUUAACGAGCGCUGAAUUAAAGGUUAUCUCCAAGACACUAAGUCAGGUUCAGCUUAUAUGACUAGCUGAUGGGCUGCUGUAUAAAUCUAGGGUUGGUGAAAUGUUGUGUUUAACACUUAGAGCUUGUGAAGGUAAAAAUAAGUAAUAAUGGCCAACUACAUGGACUGCCUCAUAUGUUGAAAGGGAAAACUGAUAGGUCUGUAGAUUGAAAGGAUUAAAUAAAGCUCCUUGUGUGAAACCACCAUUUCAUCCAGCCAGACAAAAGGGUUAGAAGAUCAAAUGGAAGUUGUUGAGACCUUUCUUAGAGUGGUAAGAGGUACUCCAUGAAAUGUAUGUAGUACAUCUGUACAACACACAGAAAAUCAAACCUCCCUUCUGUUAGAUUAGGGACAACAUUAUCUGGAUUAUUUGACGUUGGAAAAAACAUGUGCAUGUGAAACCCUGUAUACAUACAAUAAUAGUCAUAUUCUUUAGUAUCAUAUCCUUGGAUUGCCUACUUACUUCUUGGAGAGGUCUCAAUGAUUAUCUAGAAAACCCAAAAAGAACGCAUUGACCUAACAAAGUGCUUCUAAUCCCUAUGUUCAAGUACUUCUAACAGGCCAGAAUGAGUCUUAAAUCGUAAGUGUUCCUGUGUAUUCUAGAUUAAUAAACCUUGUUUGGGCAAGGACUCUUAAAUGUCUGGCCUGAGAGAAAUACUGUUGUAAGUAAUGCAUCCUAAAGACCUUUUCCUUACUAUAAAGUAACUCUGCUGAUUGUUGCCUUUUUAAAUGCCAUGAACCUGUACAAUUGAGAGAAC